AUGUGUCUCUUAACAGGCUCUCUCAAUGUAAUAACUCAAUUAGGUUUCUUUAACCGUUUCUCUUGUUCCAGAUGAAACCGAAAGUUCAUGUUUCGAAAGAUGAAUCUGAAUUAACCGCUAAUGUGCAGCAAUAUCUGGCGGAAAGAAUAAGCUAUCUCUCGGAGCAGAAUGGAACUAUUGGAAUAGGCGUCUCCGGCGGGUCCAUGAUCACAAUUUUCUCGAACGCUAUUCUGUCGAUCAAAAAUCUCAACUGGAAGAAGAUUCGCAUUUUUAUGGUUGACGAGCGGAAUGUGGCUACCGGCGAUCCCGAGAGCAACCACGGAGAGUACAUUCGGAAGUUCCCGGAGAACCUUCGUGAUGUCAUAGUUCCGGUUCCAAUAUAUGAGAAUGUCCAAAUGACUGCUGAGUUCUACGAGAUGAACCUCCGGAAGUACUUGCUUCCAGAUCAGUUUAACUCUUGUGCCCGCUUCGAUAUUCUGCUUCUCGGUGUUGGUCCCGAUGGUCAUACCGCCAGUAUCUUCCCUGGAGAUCGUCUGGAGAAAUGCACCGAUUUGAACUGGGUCGCUGCCGUCUUUGACUCUCCGAAGCCACCGCCAACCCGUGUCACCCUCACCAUGAACAUCAUCAAUCACGCCAAAAACGUGGCUUUCAUCAUCACGGGAAAACAGAAAGCGGAGAUUGUGCGCGGAAUACUGGAACAGAAUAGCGAUUAUCCGGCUGCUCAUGUCCGCCCCGUCAACGACAAGCUCGACAUGUUUUUGGAUGAGGAAGCGGCCACUGGAAUUCCGCUGCACGAAUCUCCUUCUACUUCAUCUCCGGAACCCGACUCGCCACCAGCCAAUUACGAAGGAUAA